AUGUACCCACUUGCAGGACCAUCGAGGCUAGCAGCAUCCGUCCCCACUGCAGGGUCAUCGAAUGAAUCUACCAGACUGCCGACCAAGCACGCCCACGCCCAGGCUCUUGGACGCGGACGAUUGGAUCUGGAGAAUCAACGCUACAUUUUCAAUGAGCGAUCCUUGGCCAAGUUAUUCGCGCAGAACUGCAAUAUGGACUCCCCCGGGGCCGAUGGCGAAGUCGUUGAUGGAACUGCGCUUGCCGUACCAAGAACAGUGACUGUCACCCGCCCCCCCUCGUUGUCCGAUUUCUCCAUUAUCUCGCCGCCUGGUAGCCCGCGGCAAUCGCUCGACACGCUCCAGGACACCCCCACUUGUGGCACACCAUUCACGAACGCUUUCGCCACGCAAGGUCGCCGCAACAUUGCGCAUACUUUCUCUGGGUCCGGCUACCUCACGCCGACCUCUUCAUCCACUCACGGAUUGGGUCUGCACUUCGGUCCCACCACCUCGCGUCGCUUACGGACGCCAUCACCCUCGAAGGGCGCACUUUCGCGAAUUUGGGAUGCAUUUGCAUCUCCGGCAAGAAGUUCCAGUCGGGGUAGAAAAGGGAAGGGCAAAGGCUACAGGUCAUUCGAGGAGACGUUCGAUUAUCGCGACAUGGACCCAUUAGAUGGAGAAGAAGGCGAGCUCAUCGACGAGGCAUGCUUCAUCGACGUGAAAGCAGUCACGGGUAUCGAUAUACUUUCAGCUCUGCCCCCUGAGCUCGCCUUGAACGUUCUUCUUCAUCUGGAUCUACCGUCUAUCGUCGCAUGUCUAAGUGUUUCUCGUACUUGGAGGGCCUUCGCUGAAGACAACGCUGUUUGGCGGGCUCUGUUCGACGCGAGAGAUGGUUGGCGCGUUGAUCUCAGCCGUUGGUCAAAGACACUCGUCUUGGCGCAAUCUGUCCCGAUCGUGGAGGCUGGGACAGUGGAUUGUACUCAUAGGAGGUUGAGUAUGAGGUCUAUGCGCUCUAUGGGGAGCUCCAGGACAACGAAGAGUAGCACCACUCGGAGGAUCAAUUACAGUUUGUCUUUCAGCAAAUUGCCCAUCAGUCCGGAGGAUAUACCCGCACCGCUGAUGAUUGACUGGAGGAAGCUCUUCCAGUCACGACUUGAACUCGACCGUAGAUGGGCGAGCGCAGAACCGAGGGUACUACGGCUUAGCGGUCAUUCUGACAGCGUCUACUGUCUAGAGUUCGACUCGAAAAGAAUCAUCACGGGCUCUCGCGAUCGCUCGAUCAAAGUUUGGGCGCUAAAUACGGGGAAGCUCUUGGGUACCUUCAAGGGCCAUGACGGGAGCGUCCUUUGCCUCAAGUUCGACAAGGAUUGGGAUCUUGACGGCCGAGAAUCCUCUGAUGCUGACUCGAUGACAUCAUCGUGUGUGCGCAGAAGAGCUCAACCAGGCCUUCUAGUCAGCGGCAGCAGCGAUUGCACAAUCAAAGUGUGGGAUCUCUUUUCGAGCAAGCCGAAGGCCAACGCCCUAGAGGAGGUGAGGGCUGAGGUGAGAGCGGUGCUUAGAGGUCAUGCCGGAGGUGUUCUAGACCUCAAGAUAGAUGAUCGGUGGAUCGUGAGCUGUUCCAAGGAUGCCAUCAUCCGGGUUUGGGAUCGCGAAACCCUGACACCCCACUGCGAGUUGCGAGGACACGACGGCCCAGUGAACGCGGUGGGCUUGCAGAACGGUCGUGUCGUUAGCGCCAGUGGUGAUGGCAAGAUGAUGAUGUGGGAUGUUCUCACCGGUCAACACUUGCGGACAUUCGAUGGCCACGACCGCGGACUCGCCUGCAUCGACUUCAAGGAGGAUUUGAUUGUAUCUGGAUCCAACGACUGCAAGAUCAAGGUCUGGUCGGCUUCUACCGGUGAAUGCUUGCAGACUCUGUCAGGCCAUGAUUCCCUCGUGCGCGCACUGGCCUUCGAUCCCGCCAGCGGUCGGCUCGUAAGUGCGAGCUACGACCGCACGGUGAAGAUGUGGGACCUCCGCACGGGCAGGAUGGUUCGCGAGCUCAAGAAUAGUCACAUCAGCCAUAUAUUCGAUGUCAAGUUUGACGUCAGACGGAUUGUAAGGUUUUACACGCCUCGAUUCAUGGACAGCCAUCGCUGCAUCCACCCGCCAUCUAACACGUCCGCUGAUAUUUCCUGGACGUUAUCUGUUGUACAUCACGGCUAUGUAUUGUACCUCGACACCGGAUCCCGUCAAACCGUCGCAUACCCCAUUUAA